GUACAUACAUGCAUACACCCCACGCAUCCGUAACCAUGUUGGCUCAAGCCAGGCUUGCCAAGAUGCCGCUGCGCAAUUCAUCUUUGCUCGGCAUGGCUCUCCUCUUGUCCCCGCGAUGCUGCCUGUGGGCUGCUGACGUGGCGCUAUCUUUCUGCUCUGUAUUGCUGCUGGCUUCUUUUCGAUCCCAUACCGUGUUUUUUUUUGGCAUUCGGUUUGCAAGUCGCUAUUCAUUCAUGUGCGGCGGCGGCUGCUGCACGGGAGUUUAAUUUAACCCGUGCUGCGAUUAUGUCUCUUCGUGGUUUGAUUCCUGCUCCCAUCUUUCGCCUGGCUAUGAAGGUCAACGCGGCUGCUGGUGCGGCGAAACAUUUUCUAUGGUUAUGCUUCUUCCCGUCGUUUGCGGGCGCCGCUGGCGACAGAGGGGUGGGAAUGGUAAGUCGAUUAGGGGCGAGCCUUCUUCUGAGCGCUCGGGACCCUACAUUAUUAGCAUGUCCGACGCCCUUUCUCGUGGGCAGGGCUUGCCACCAGCAGUAUCCAAAUUCAACCCUUUGGUCGCUGAUUUCGUGCCUCGGGAUGCUUGCAACGCUGGUCGCAACAAUUCGUCUUUGUAUUGUACUGGUGAUCGUGGCAAGAUUGUGGUUCCUCGCUAUACGUUGGUACACUGUUCUCGUGCUUUGGCUGAGCUGGGCCCAGGCCCUUACGGCAAGCAAGGCGCCCACUCUUUGGGAUUCAGUUCGACAUGCAGUGUGCUCUUCCAUCACAUCUUUGGGAACUCUUUGGCUGAGCUUGGCCCAGGCCCAUGCGGCAAGCAAAGCACCCACUUCUCAGGCUUCAGUUCAGCGUGCAGCGGACGCUCCCAUCACAUCCUUGGGUAUUCUUCUGUGCAACAGCUGAUCGACGUUCAGAACAACACGAUUGCUUCGUUGCUCCAGGAGCUGGAGCAGCUGAGGAUGGUGGCCCUUCCCAAUUUCUUCUUCGGCGCUGAUGGCCCAUGUGGAUAACAAAGCUGCUGCAGUGUCGUCGCAGGUCACCCAGCUGCAAGCUGAUCUCGCCAGAGCGGUCGAGGCUCCGCUCACCCGUCGGCUGCCGCCCCAGCUUGAGAAAAUGAAGUCCCACAUUUUGGGCGCCACCAGCCAAUCUUUGGAGACUCCUAUGGACAAACUGAAGCCGGGGUUGACCGACACUCUCACGGCCCACCAGCGGUCCGUGGCCGAACAAUGUCUGUCAGCUGUGAGUGCCGCCCCUGCUAAGCUUCUAAAUACUUUGGGGAUGCAGGUCCAGGCUCUUGAGACCAAGUUUGGGAAUGCGGCGCCUAUGGUACCACGGAGCGACCGGGACAAGGACGACGGCCCCGAGCACCCCCCACAGUGCGAGGACGAGCACUUCCAGGUGGGUGACUUGGUGCGCCCGCGCAGCCUCGCUACGUCGGCGCUAAAUUGGCUGGUGGGCUGCGUCCGUGGUUUCGUCGGAGAAAGGGUUCAAGUGGAGUUCUUAAGUAUUGACGGCUGCAAGCUGAUCAAGCCAUCCUUCCUGGUCGCAGAUUCGGCGGAGGAGCUGAAGACAUGCGAGAAUCCAUGCGGUCAGGGAGACUCGACGUCUUCUUUGUCGUCUUCGGCUUCUUCUUCUUCUUAUUAUUAUUCUUCUUCUUCUUCUACGAUUUCUGAGCUGGCUGCCGCCGUGCUCCGACCCCGCUAAGAUGAGCGGGCCCCUCGAGCGCGCGUGAUGCAUGCACGCGAUGCACCAGGUUGAGCAAGGUUCCGAAAACGCUUCGGGGACCAACCCGCCCAACCCCCACACCCGCGCCCGCGGAGCAGGGGAAGGGCGGAGGAAAAGGG